CCUCAACUCAAGGCCCCUAACUCUUCAACAACAACAACAACAUCAACUCAAGGCUGUGUAUAAAACUCUUCAACUUUGACUUCAACUUAUUCUCAUCAAGGCCAUCUAUAGAAUUAUCAUUCUGAGCGGACUCACACAGAAAACGAGGGAUCUUGAUUUGGAGAUUGAGAUGGAUCAGCAUGAUCCAUCAGUGUCUGAACUACUGCCGCUCAUGCGGGCUGCAUCAACGUCACCAGAAGGACCAAAGUGGUCUCGGGAGGGCUCCGCUGACAGCGACGGGGAAUGGGGUCUGUCACAGAGUGUGAGGAAGUCUCAGAGGCCGAGGAACUGCACUCCCAUAGAUAGUGGCUCUGAGAGCGACUUUCGGCCAGUUGUGAAGGAGGAGAUAAAGAUUGAAGUCACUUCACCAAGGGUUGAGCGGCCGUCGUCUCCCUCGGUGUCGGACGACGAUCCUUUCUCGGACCGCGCUCUGCAUUCUUUAGUGAAGGAGGAAAAGUACCGACCUCGAUCACCGUCACCGUCUGAGGACUUCAUCGGGUUCACUGAGGUGGACCGGGACAGUGCCUGUUUCAUCAACAAUGCAAAAAGGAGUCUGUUACUUGGUUGUUCGUCUGCCAUUCGAGACUCUACUGAAGUUUUUGCUGAAGGAGUGUUCAUCAAGAGUCAACGUCUCGUCAUUAACUACCGAGAUGUGGACGGUCUCGUUGAUAGUAACAUAUUUUGUGACGUGUGCUGCCGCGAUUGGGACGGUGAAUGUCCCGUCCAUGGACCGCUAAAGAUCAUACACGAUACCAAGGCACGACCCGGUAUCGGAGAUGUCGAUAGGGACGUCAAGACUCUCCCGCCUUCUCUCAGCUCUGGUCAGUCGACAAAUCCAGCGUCUGGCACCGGAGUUUUGGCGGAGAAGGACAUACCUGCGCGCCAAAGACUCGGUCCUUACGAGGGAACCUUGACCACCGAGGAGAGUCAGGCCCGAGGUCGAACAACCGGGUACAGAUGGCAGAUCAAGAAGGGUGAUCGGGUACAUCACUCGGUGAAUGCCGAAGACCCGAGCUGCAGCAACUGGCUCAGAAGGGUCAACUGUGCCCGCUCGGAGGAAGAACAAAACCUAGUGGCCUUCCAGUACCGGGGUCAGAUAUACUUCAGGACGUCAAAGCCCGUUCCGCGGGGCUCUGAGCUGCUGGUGUACUACGGAGACGACUCGGCCCGGGAGCUGACCGUCCACUCGGAGACGUCUGAGAAGUCUGUGACUUCCUCUCCGGCCGGACCGUCAUCUUCAGAUCCAUCAGUGUCUGAACUACUGCCGCUCAUGCGGGCUGCAUCAACGUCACCAGAAGGACCAAAGUGGUCUCGGAAGGGCUCCGCUGACAGCGAUGGGGAAUGGGGUCCGUCACAGAGUGUGAGGAAGUCUCAGAGGCUGAGGGACUCUACUCCCAUAGACAGUGGCUCUGAGAGCGACUUUCGGCCAGUUGUGAAGGAGGAGAUAAAGAUUGAAGUCACUUCACCAAGGGUUGAGCGGCCGUCGUCUCCCUCGGUGUCGGACGACGAUCCUUUCUCGGACCGCGCUCUGCAUUCUUUAGUGAAGGAGGAAAAGUACCGACCUCGAUCACCGUCACCGUCUGAGGACUUCAUCGGGUUCACUGAGGUGGACCGGGACAGUGCUUGUUUCAUCUCCAGUGUAAAAAGGGAUAUGCUACUGGGAUGCCCGUCGGACAGUGAAGACUCGGCAGAAGUCUUUGCCGAAGGAGAGUUCAUCAAGAGUCAACGUCUCGUCAUUAACUACCGAGAUGUGGACGGUCUCGAUGAUAGUAACAUAUUUUGUGACGUGUGCUGCCGCGAUUGUGACGGUGAAUGCCCCGUCCAUGGACCGCUAAAGAUCAUACACGAUACCAAGGCACGACCCGGUAUCGGAGAUGCCGACAGGGACGUCAAGACCCUGCCGCCUUCUCUCAGCUCUGGUCAGUCGACAAAUCCAGCGUCUGGCACCGGAGUUUUGGCGGAGAAGGACCUUCCUGCGCGCCAAAGACUCGGUCCUUACGAGGGCAUCUUGACCACCGAGCAGAGUCAGGCUCGAACCACCGGGUACAGAUGGCAGAUCAAGAAGGGUGACCGGGUACAUCACUCGGUGAAUGCCGAAGACCCGAGCUGCAGCAACUGGCUCAGAAGGGUCAACUGUGCCCGCUCGGAGGAAGAACAAAACCUAGUGGCCUUCCAGUACCGGGGUCAGAUAUACUUCAGGACGUCGAAGCCCGUUCCUCGGGGCUCUGAGCUGCUGGUGUACUACGGAGACGACUCGGCCCGGGAGCUGACCGUCCACUCGGAGACGUCUGGGGAGUCUGUGACUUCCUCUCCGGCCGGACCGUCAUCUUCAGAUCCAUCAGUGUCUGAACUACUGCCGCUCAUGCGGGCUGCAUCAACGUCACCAAAAGGACCAAAGUGGUCUCGCAAGGGCUCCGCUGACAGCGAUGGGGAAUGGGGUCCGUCACAGAGUGUGAGGAAGUCUCAGAGGCUGAGGGACUCUACUCCUAUAGACAGUGGCUCUGAGAGCGACUUUCGGCCAGUUGUGAAGGAGGAGAUAAAGAUUGAAGUCACUUCACCAAGGGUUGAGCGGCCGUCGUCUCCCUCGGUGUCGGACGACGAUCCUUUCUCGGACCUCGCUCUGCAUUCUUUAGUGAAGGAGGAAAAGUACCGACCUCGAUCACCGUCACCGUCUGAGGACUUCAUCGGGUUCACUGAGGUGGACCGGGACAGUGCUUGUUUCAUCUCCAGUGUAAAAAGGAAUAUGCUACUGGGAUGCCCGUCGGACAGUGAAGACUCGGCAGAAGUCUUUGCCGAAGGAGAGUUCAUGAAGAGUCCUCGUCUCGUCAUAAACUACCGUGAUGUGGAUGGUCUAGAUGAUAGCAACAUAUUUUGUGACGUGUGCUGCCGCGAUUGGGACGGUGAAUGUCCCGUCCAUGGACCGCUAAAGAUCAUACACGAUACCAAGGCACGACCCGGUAUCGGAGAUGCCGACAGGGACGUCAAGACCCUGCCGCCUUCUCUCAGCUCUGGUCAGUCGACAAAUCCAGCGUCUGGCACCGGAGUUUUGGCGGAGAAGGACAUACCUGCGCGCCAAAGACUCGGUCCUUACGAGGGCACCUUGACCACCGAGCAGGGUCAGGCCCGAACUCGAACAACCGGGUACAGAUGGCAGAUCAAGAAGGGUAAGCGCGUGCAUCACUCGGUGAAUGCCGAAGACCCGAGCUGCAGCAACUGGCUCAGAAGGGUCAACUGUGCCCGCUCGGAGGAAGAACAAAACCUAGUGGCCUUCCAGUACCGGGGCCAGGUAUACUUCAGGACGUCAAAGCCCCUUCCGCGGGGCUCUGAGCUGCUGGUGUACUACGGAGACGACUCGGCCCGGGAACUGACCGUCCACUCGGAGACAUCUGGGGAGUCUGUGACUUCCUCUCCGGCCGGACCUUCAUCUUCAGGCAUCAGUGGCUCGGUCCAAUGUCCCCAAUGCGGCUUCAGAUGUUUGGGAAAACAUUGUCUGGACGGACACGUGAAGAGAAGUCACGGCCAUAUGGGCAGGAACGGCAGAUUGAAGUGCGAGUGGUGUCAAUACUCGACCGACAGGCCCGACCGUAUGAAAAACCACCGCAGAACUCACACAGGGGAACGGCCAUACGGCUGCUCCAUUUGCAAGGCACGGUUCUCUAGGCGGUCAGGUCUCACCGAUCACAUGCGGACCCACACUGGGGAGCGGCCAUACGGCUGCUCUAUCUGUACGGCACGGUACACCAAACCGUCCGCCCUCACUAUACACAUGCGGACUCACACUGGGGAGCGGCCGUACGGCUGCUCCAUCUGCACUGCACGGUUUUCUGUUCGAGCAAGCCUAAACAACCACAUGCGGAUUCACACUAGAGAGCGGCCAUACGGCUGCUCCAUCUGCAAGGAACGGUUCACUGAACGGUCAAAUCUCACCAGACACAUGCGGACCCACACUGGGGAGCGGCCGCACGGAUGUUCACAUUGCCAGGCUCGGUUCGCUAGGCGGGGAGAUCUCAGCAAACACUUACGUACCCACACGGGGGAGCGGCCUUACGGUUGCUCUGUUUGCACAGCACGCUUUGCUCAACAGCCAACCCUUACGACACAUAUGCGGACCCACACUGGAGAGCGACCUUUCGGUUGCUCCAUCUGCAAGGCACGGUUCACUCGACGGUCACACCUCGAUACGCACAUUCGAACCCACACUGGGGAGAGGCCGUACGGCUGUUCACAUUGCCAGGCCCGGUUCAAUGAACGGGGAAGACUCAGCAAACACAUGCGUACCCACAGUCACACGAAGGAACGGCCGUAAGGCUGCUCAGUGCUCAACUUGCCGGGCUUUGUUCGCUCAACGGGGAAGUCUCAUGAAACAAAUGCCUACCCACCCGAGGGAGCGGCCAUAUGGCUGCUCAACCUGCACGGCACGGUUCGCUUCGCUUCGCUGUCAAACCUAACCAAACAGAUGCGUAGGUGCUCACACUGGGAACAGGCCGUUUGCUUGCUCUGUCUGCGUUGGACGGUUCACUGUUCGAUCCAGCCUCACCAUACACAUGCGUACCCACACAGAGGGAGCGGCCGUACGGCUGCUCCAUCUGCACGGCACGGUUCACUGAACGGUCUACCCUCACAAAACACAUGCGUACCCACACGGGGGAGCGGCCGUAUGGCUGCUCCAUCUGCACGGCAUGGUUCACUCAACCGUCACGCCUCACUAAACACAUGGGGACCCACACGGGGAGCAGCUGUAUGGCUGCUGUUUCUGCAAGGCACGAUUCAUUGUUCAAUCAAGUCUCGUCAGACACAUGCGGACCGAUGAGAGGAGCGGUCCGCAUGCGUCCGCGGUCCGCAAUUUUAAAACAUUAGGUAUACUAAAACCUCUGUAAAACUGUGGUGGUAUAUGCUGCUUUGCGCGCAACAUCUGCCGCACUGUUAAGAUACCAUCUUUCUUACCGACAGACAGACCGUGCUCUUCUUCAGUCCUUUGCGUUGAAGCUAUGCUGCUCUGAUGUAUGUUGGCUUGACGUUUAAUUACCGCGUUACCAAGCUACGUGGGUUUGGUUCGUUGGACUGACAUUUCGUGGGGAAUAGCAAUCGGUCCUGUUAAAGACUAGGUCCACUAUGUCGAUUCGAUUGUUUCGGAAAAAACUUCUGCCACAUCGUUCAGUAGCCUUUAUUUGGACCUUUAUCCGUCGCCGGGCCGGGGGAUGGGUUGGUCGCCUCCCCCGUCCUCUUUUUCGCAGACAUCUAAAAAGCGGCUGUAGAAGAGGCCAGUGUCAGCCAAUCAGCGUGCAGCUGUUUUUUAAGAACGCAAUAUGAUUGGUGAACGCGUAAUAUCCUCCGCCACCAUAUUUAGUCCCAACGGAAGAUAUAAUAUAAUUCUUCGUACCUAUACCUGUUAUAAGUAAGAAAUCUUAAACAUGUUUUUUAAUCGGCAUCAUUUUUGUCAUAAAAUAAUCAUUUAACUGUAGGAAGAAAAAAAUAUAUAUAUUUGGGAGUGGUACCUAUAUCCUUAAAGGACUGCUGAGGGGAACGAUUUUACCUUUUGAAAUAUUUUUGAAUAGUUGACGGCCGAUGGGUAGGGAAGAUUGGGGCAGAUAGUGUCACGGGGCACAUCCUGUCAGCAGGGUUUUCUCGAAAACUAUCGAGCGCAUUUAUGUUGUUGAAGUUAAAAGGUUUGUUUUUGCUUGACAAAGUCCGGUACUGUCAAUUCAACAACGUGCCGGUGACCAGGCUGUAGUCACUGGCAUACCUGUAACGUGUUCGUUUUACGUGAUGUCAUCGUGUGAAUUUGCCCUUUUUAUGAGGUACCCAAUCUCUUUAAUUACUUAAUUGUUUUGGGAUAUUGCGUAAUAUUCAGCAUCAGUCUAACGAAACAAGAUUUCAGUGUCUAAAACUAUCAAAUGGAUGCAGUUUUUUUACUCCCGAAGAAGUUUGCACCAUGACGUCAGCAUUCUCUCGUGACGCCACUUAGUACAUAUUUAUCGCCUUGGUUCCUGUGGCCAUGUUGGAUGAAAUAUAAAAAAAACUUUGUAUUUGCAAGGGAAAUCCAAACUUUUUGACAAGAACAAAACGCUAGUUCAUGACUGUGCAGAUAGCGUGAUGGUUGCAUUGAAUACCGU